CAGCCUAGAGAGGACCCGGAGCAGGGCAAACACAGAUGGAGAAGCUGAGGGCAAGGAAGGGAAUGACGUGGGACCUCACCCGCUGUCGGGGGCAGGCUCUGCUCUCCAGGAACAGGUAACACAGUCACUUAGAGAACAGUCACUACUUGCCCUGCCCUCCUGAGUCACGGGAGGAAAGUGCUCGCCCGCUCCUGACCUGUGACACGCUCACUGCGAAGGCAGGUAUUAGAAGAGUCCCAUGAAAGUAAACAGGGUGUUAAAACGGAUUCUUAAAAAUGAAAGUGCAGGCUGAAAGUUGGUAGUGUGGGAGGUAGAGGGUGUGUGUUCUUGUGCAGAGGAGCGUGGGGUUUGCAGAGGAGACAGGGGAGCUUUGUGUACCCGAAGCAAUGAACAAGCGGCGACUUCUCUACCCCUCAGGGUGGCUCCACGGUCCCAGCGACAUGCAGGGGCUCCUCUUCUCCACUCUUCUGCUUGCUGGCCUGGCACAGUUCUGCUGCAGGGCACAGGGCACUGGACCAUUAGAUACAACACCUGAAGGAAGGCCUGGAGAAGUGUCAGAUGCACCUCAGCGUAAACAGUUUUGUCACUGGCCCUGCAAAUGCCCUCAUCGGAAGCCCCGUUGCCCUCCUGGAGUGAGCCUGGUGAGAGACGGCUGUGGAUGCUGUAAAAUCUGUGCCAAGCAACCAGGGGAAAUCUGCAAUGAAGCUGACCUCUGUGACCCACACAAAGGGCUGUAUUGUGACUACUCAGUAGACAGGCCUAGGUACGAGACUGGAGUGUGUGCAUACCUUGUAGCUGUUGGGUGCGAGUUCAACCAGGUACAUUAUCAUAAUGGCCAAGUGUUUCAGCCCAACCCCUUGUUUAGCUGCCUCUGUGUGAGUGGGGCCAUUGGAUGCACACCUCUGUUCAUACCAAAGCUGGCUGGCAGUCACUGCUCUGGAGCUAAAGGUGGAAAGAAGUCUGAUCAGUCAAACUGUAGCCUGGAACCAUUACUACAGCAGCUUUCAACAAGCUACGAAACAAUGCCAGCUUAUAGAAAUCUCCCACUUAUUUGGAAAAAAAAAUGUCUUGUGCAAGCAACAAAGUGGACUCCCUGCUCCAGAACAUGUGGGAUGGGAAUAUCUAAUAGGGUGACCAAUGAAAACAGCAACUGUGAAAUGAGAAAAGAGAAAAGACUGUGUUACAUUCAGCCUUGCGACAGCAAUAUAUUAAAGACAAUAAAGAUUCCCAAAGGAAAAACAUGCCAACCUACUUUCCAACUCUCCAAAGCUGAAAAAUUUGUCUUUUCUGGAUGCUCAAGUAUUCAGAGUUACAAACCCACUUUUUGUGGAAUAUGCUUGGAUAAGAGAUGCUGUAUCCCUAAUAAGUCUAAAAUGAUUACUAUUCAAUUUGAUUGCCCAAAUGAGGGGUCAUUUAAAUGGAAGAUGCUGUGGAUUACAUCUUGUGUAUGUCAGAGAAACUGCAGAGAACCUGGAGAUAUAUUUUCUGAGCUCAAGAUUCUGUAAAACCAAGCAAAUGGGGGAAAAGUUAGUCAAUCCUGUCAUAUAAUAAAAAAAUUAGUGAGUAUAAAAUGGUGGCAAAUUACUUUGUUUAAAACAGUAUGAAUGCCUAUUCUCAGAUCACUACAUUUAAGGCAUUAGAAGCUUUUAAAAAGU